UGGACGUUACACGUCGUUAGUACUCCGAACGGUGAGGAACUCCGGGCGACGUGCCACCUGUUAAAGCUGCCCCCUUUUUCAACCCCCUUAUACUUUAUAAUCUUUGACAAAAUUCGAAGAAGAAGAAGAUAAAUUGAAUAUACGAAUUUUUCAUUUUAUUUUGGUCACAAUUAUUUUUUCUAUUUUAGUCAUCUGAACAGACAGACAAACGGACAGACAGACAGUCAACACUUACAAUUUUCGGUGAUACAUUUAAUUCGUUGUCCCGUUUCGAACUGUAAAGUUCGAAGUGGAGUACGCGAAAGACGUGUCAGAGUUGAUCAAAGAAGUUAAAUAAAAAGAAGAAGUAGAAGAAGAAGAAAGGAUUUGAAAGUAUAUUGGGAUUGAGGAAAUCCUUUUUGAAUUGAAAUAUCUGGAAAAUCUGGUUCUUCCUUCGGUCUAUUCUGAAAGCUAUUACAAAGGAAAGAAAAGAGAGGAAGAAGGUUUUCCUUUCACUUUCACGUGGAAAGUUAAAAAAAGGGAAUUGGACGGACGUUCAUCGACAAAUAAAUUUGUCCAAUAAAUUAAUUAUUUUGAAUUAAUUUCUAUCAAGGAUGAUCUCGAUAACUAUCAUCCUAGUAACAUCGACAUUGAUUACAAUGACGCAUUGUGCACCAGUUGGACAUAUUCAAAAGGAAAACGGUGAUCUUCCUGAAGUAUUAUGGCUCAUUAAUCAACAAAUGCCAGAAUUGGAGAGAGAAAUGUACGAUUCCAGCAACGAUCCUGGCCCAACAACGAUACUCAGAACGAAAAGAAUUGGUUCGUUGUCGAUCGUAAACAAUCUCGAUGUUCUUAGAGAAAGAAUAUUAUUGGAAUUAGCACGUAGGAAAGCUAUGCAAGAUCAACGACAAAUUGAUGCUAAUAGAUUAAUGCUUGAUAAAAUUGGUAAAAGAUCAUUACCAGUUUAUGAUGAUUAUUCAUCAUCAUCAUUAUCAUCAUCAUCUUCUUCUUCUUCUUCUCAUCCACGUAAUUUGGAAAAUAUCUACGAUUGGAUUGGUGAAAGUGGAACGAUCGGCGUUGGUGAUCGUCAUAGUGAUCAAGAACGCAGGGUAGCAAGCAACGAACUCAUCUGGUAGUUUAACCAUAACGUGAAAAAAAUCAAUUGAAGAGGACAAAACAAAAAAUCUAUCGGAGUUGUAGGAACACUUUUGGCAUUUUCUCGCUUUUACAAAAUUUUAAUGAGCCGCCGCAUUAUUUCCCCCCAUUCUCGUUCCCGUUAUUAAAAAAAAAAAAAUCUUCUUCUUAUAGGAAAAAAGAAAAAAAAAAAAAAAAAGCAAGCUUUUACCAAUCACAUUUAUCCGUCUCGUGCGUUUCUCAGGUUCUAAAAUAUAAUCAGCUAUUUAUUGAUGAUCAGCGUUUGCAAUAGAUGAAAAUAGGAAAAA